UUAUUUUUAAUGCUGCUUGUAAAGCGAACCUGUGUCGGGCAGCACGAGUGUGCUCCUGGCAGUGCUUUAAGCUGAUGGAUUCUGAUUGUGUGUCCCCCAACGCUAACAGCUGCCGAGGCGAAAUCGGCUCUGACUUGCCUGAAGUUUUAAUACGUGCUUUUACCGGCAGAUGGUACUUUAACUUAAAUAAACCCAUAUUUGCAUACAACGAAGUCAUGUGUAAUGGCUUCCGUGCUCCGAAGAGCCAAAGGGAAUUUUGCCAUUUACUUCAAGAUUGCUCCUGUUGCUCUGUUUUUGUGAUAUGCAGGUCUUAACUAGACUGUCAGGGCUUAGGGGUUGCGGAACUCUGGUAGUACUGGAACAAAAUGAAGCUGGGAUUGUUCUGCUCAGAAGUUUUGACUGGAAUGAUGGUCUAUUUGAUGUGACGUGGAGUGAGAAUAAUGAACAUGUGCUCAUCACUUCUAGUGGGGAUGGAUCUCUGCAAAUCUGGGAUACAGCUAAAACCACAGGUCCACUGCAAGUCUAUAAAGAGCACACUCAGGAGGCAUAUAGUGUUGACUGGAGCCAAACUAGAGGAGAACAGCUAGUGGUGUCUGGUUCAUGGGAUCAAACAGCCAAACUGUGGGAUCCAGCUGUGGGGAAGUCAUUAUGCACUUUUAAAGGCCACGAAGGGGUCAUUUACAGUACUAUAUGGUCUCCACACAUCCCAGGUUGUUUUGCAUCUGCCUCAGGUGACCAGACUUUAAGAGUUUGGGAUGUGAAAGCCCCAGGAGUCAAACUCGUGAUUCCAGCCCACCAUGCUGAGAUCUUGAGCUGUGACUGGUGCAAGUACGAUGAGAACUUGCUGGUAACUGGUGCAGUUGACUGUAGUUUGAAAGGAUGGGACUUGCGGAACGUCCGGCAACCAGUGUUCGUCCUGCUUGGUCAUACCUAUGCUGUCAGAAGAGUGAAAUUUUCACCAUUCCAUGCAACUUUAUUGGCCUCUUGCUCCUAUGACUUUACUGUAAGAUUUUGGGACUUUUCCAAGCCUAACCCUUUGCUGGAAACUGUUGAGCAUCAUACAGAAUUUACAUGUGGACUAGAUUUGAGCCUUCACAACUGUGGUCAGGUAGGAGAUGUGGUGGUGGACUGUGCUUGGGAUGAAUUAGUCAAGAUCUAUACUCCAUCGUGUCUGGCAGUUGCUGUCUAGAGAGAAGGUGAAGAAGAUCUGACACACUGGGAAUCCUUCUCUCCAACCAGACUUGCACUAAAUGUCAAUUGUGUCACUAAUCCUCAUGUCCCUUUUAAAUUAAAAGUCUGUUUUAACUGAAAGUGUUGUGCACUUGAGAAUUUGGAAAUUUUUGAACUUGUUCUACUGUACAGGCAGUACUUGAGUCAGCAGAAUGUUCAACAGCUACUGGAUGGUUGAAGAGUUGCAGUAGCAGAUACUAGCCGGUGUCUUCAGAGUAAAAUCACUGACACAAUUUUGUGAGCUCAUGAUCUGGCUGAUGAUGAGAGAAGACGCCUGAAUUUUCUUGAUCCUUAUAAAGAAUAAAAGUAGCUGGCAGUAUAUUUUUAGAUAACUGUCACUGUAAAAAUAAAAAAGUGACUUUUCACUGUAAAGUACUGUAAUGGCAACCUGAGGCUUGUAUCACUCGGAUUGAUAUUGAUAUGCUCUGCUGUGAUUCACAUUGCAUUAUUUUCUUAUGCAGUAUGACAAAUACUCUUGAUAGACAGUAAAUGUCAUACUUUAUAGUCAGUUGAUUCCUUUGACCUUUUUGAUUGCUGCAUCACAAAGACGGUAAAGAUUUUUUCUUUUCACUUGGGUCUUCUUGAGUAAAACACUUGAUGAAGUCAUGCAGAAAGAUACUGAGAUGAUGGAAAAUACGAUUAGGGGAAAAAAGAAAUACAUACAAAACUCAUUGGAUCAAAAUCCUCAAAAUUUAGAGUUAGGACUACCCUGUAUUAUCUUAGGCUUGUCUUCUGUUUUCAAUUAGAAAGUUUGUUCCAGAGGGUAAAAGAGGAAUGUGGCUCUGUGUGCAGGCUUCCUGGACAUCUGCCAAGAGGAAAAGUGAGAGCUUAUGUCCAAACCAGCUGAACCUAUGUACAAGCUGAUUAACUGUAUAGCAUAAGCACAGGAAGUCCAGCGUGGCCAAGUUGUUAUCAGACUUACUGCAACCAACGAUAUAGUUGCCCAACAUGUUUUAGGUAUGUUGGGUACUUUUCAUGCCCACAUUGACUCCUCAGUCCACAUGCUGAUAUUUUCAUUUGAGUUUUUCUGGGGCAAGCAGAGGAGUUUGUUUUUUAAGCUUUUCCAAUCUCCUUUGAAUACUUUUUCACUUAAGUCUCCAACAGUGAUACUCCUGUAAUCCUGUCUAUGUAUUUUCUCUCUUGGCUUCCCGCUAGCCCUGUUUUUUUACCUUCUUAAAGUUGUCUCAUUUCUGCUGCUACCCCUUACCCUCAGCCUUACCACUGAAAGACUUUUUGCAGAUGCCCGAUCUUUGAUCAGUCCUUUUAUAGAGUACUGUUAAUGAAUGCUAGGGCUGUGCAAUUCUAGGCUGCACCACUCAUACAUCAAGCAAUAGCAGACACUGCCAGAUCUGCUGCAUGCUUUGAAGAAAUGAAAGAAAGAAUUGCAAUUUGCAAGGAAAGAUAAGCUAUGCUAUCUUGGAGAGCGAGCCUGGGAACUAGUAAGUAGCCACAGGGAGAUAUAGAUAGAUAAGAUGUUAGGGUAAGAAAGAAAGAAAGAAGCUAUCUUUCACAACCUGAGAAUUUGGAUCCUGACAGGUUCUUGUGUUUUCCUGGAUCAGCACGGACUGACACAAGAAUGCCAUCCUCUCGAGCUGAAUUGAAAAAGGAAAAGUGGACUUUACUUUUUCAUGAGUGUAGUGCACCAACUUCCAAAUGUUUACCUCACUUUAAUUCUAUGUGCUAAGGAAUGAUGAAACCAUAAAGCUAUGCUGCAUACAGCUUGCAUCAAUACCAUGGGCCAUAAAAUCUAAUUCAACCUUAAUAGUCACUCCACUUUUCUGCUCUGUCUCCCCUUUCUACUUAGAAUAUAAGUUGCUUGUUUGAGUGGAUGGGCAAUUUUGGUGGUGGGUAUGUAUCCUAUAUGUAUGUUUGAGGGGGUGGGGAGGGGUAUUUCCCGAAUCUUGCUGUAGUGUAUCUAGUGAGAAGAUAAAUUUAGAAAUGGGGAUAAAAACAAUCACAGUUCCUAACACGCACAUCCAACACAUGGAUUAAACCUUUCUUGGCUGCCUUCUCUCCCCCUCAUGUCCUGGUUAGCUUCUAUGUUGAGGGUCGCUGAUUCCAGAUUUUACUCUCUUGAAAAAUGAGUGUAUCCAGAAGAUGAGCAUAGUAAAUAAAAGCCAUUGUCUUUAAUCCUACUGUGUGAUUUUAAAUGGAGAGAACGUGCUUGAACAGCUCUGCACUGUGAUGAAAAAAAAAUGAUCUGUCAAUAAUUGUUGCUUCUUAUUUCUCAGGGAAUGUUUGAUACAUAUGAUUGUUUUAAAGAAACAGUUUUAUUUUAUGACCACAAUACUAGUUUCUCAUCUUUUUUCAUUUACAGAAACAGGCCUUUAAAUACAAAAAUCUUUGACAUUUUGUGUGUUCUACUUUUAAAUUUGUUCUUUUUGAAGACUGUUGUAUGGGGGUUCAUGUGUUUCUCCAUGGUUCAAGAAACUCUUUGAUUAGUCAUGUUUUGAAGGAGUGGAUUUGUUGUUCUACUCUACUAUUAAAUUAAUUGCACACAA